ACCGAUCUAGACGCUGUAAGAUCUUUGCUAGUUAUCUGAGGCGUGGUGGUCCCACGACAGGCUUUCGAUUUCCCGUAAGUAAACCCAACUCCCGGAAAGACAGCUCUAUUUUCAAUUUGCUCCACCCUAUCAGUGAAAAAAACGUCACUGAUGCUGUGUAUCGUUGCCAAUUGUUUUCUUGAUAAGCGUCUGCAACUGAAUAUAUAAAUAGCGGGACUUGCUGAACGCACUAAACGAAUUGUCGUGGAGUCCCCCGAGUACAGUAUCCAAGGACCAUUUGGAGAAGAGUUCAGUCACCAUGGCCAGUGAGGAAUGUAAAACUGUUGCUUCCAUAAAGAUGGCCAUGAGGAGCGUCACCAAAGCAUCUGACGUCAGGGAAGACAAUGCUUUGUUCUUGCAGCCAUACAGUAACUGGGAACAGUUCCUAAUGCCUGGCCCACUCUCUGUAGCCAUUUUAGGUGAAAUAAUAUUCCUUUCCGCAGGAGAAGACUUUGCAAUUGACAAGGGUAUGCCCAAGGAAGGAUUUAAGUUCAUAAAAUAUCCCAAAUCAUUCCGUGCCUCUUUAGUGCAAGUGAGCAAUGAGGGCGGGGAGGCUUUUCAGAUAGCUCACAAGAACAUGGACCAAAUCCGGCUUCUCUCUGUGCUUGUCCCGACUGACAUGAAGGAUGUUGUGAAGAUCCUCAUGCAGAAGAAUCCAAAGUUCACUGAAGAUUUCCUCCCGACCCCUCUGAACAGCAUCAAAUCUACUGCAGAUAAAUGCUUGAAGCUUUCCACGGCUGUGGAGGAGAAAUUUAAUGCAGUCAUCCGUCUGAUCAAUGAACUACUGGAGGCCUGUACAAGCUCCAAAGGAGAUUAUGAUAAACAAUUACGUGAAAUACAAUUUGAAAAGGAACGUGCUGAAAUGCAGGAGAAAGCAUCUAACGAAAGAAAAGCCAUGAUAGAAGAACAUCAUAAAAAACUGGAAACCCAAAUGAAGGAAGCAAAGGAAGAUUACAAAGCCAGCAUGGAUUCCAUACCUGUUGGCUGGGAUGCUGUGAAAAUGUCUAUGGCAGAAAAACUUAUGAAUGGUGUCAGUGCAUUGAUCAGUGGAAGCAUGCUCAAGGCUGUUUUCUCUGGGGAAAGCAGUAAUAAAUGUUAUAAUUCCAGUUCAAGGAAUGAUCAUAACACCAAUCCGAAUUCUGCGGAAGGAGUUGAGAAUGAUAUCAUUUAUAAAGCAGACGCACUACAAAAUAUUAUACAAGAUAUUCAUCCUUUCCAAAGCAAGGAUAAAACAAUUAACUUGAGUAAGUUGAACAGUGCGGAUGGUGCUGGCAUUUUAAGCUUUUGUAAAGAAAACUUGGAUAAAUUGCAGCAGAAAGCAACAGAUGGAGUGGACUGCAAAGAGAAGCACACAGCAUUGAAGAUCUGUGAAGCAGGAAUUGGAAUAUGUGAGGAGCUGGUAACAAUGGGAAAGUCUGAACAAGUUGACAAAAACAAAAUGGCUGAUCUAGCUGUGAAGAUCAAACAAGUGAUGCAGGAUUCAAUUACAUUCACCUCUCGUAGCAAGGGAAAGACAGGAUCCAUGGGGUUUACUGCCAGUCCACCACACAUUGCUACAGCUCAGCCAGCAGAGGGACCCAGUGGUUUACAGACAGCCAGUCUCAAUGCCAGGAUCAAAGUGGAACAGUCUGCAGCUCAGCUACGAGCCUCACAGGAGAUGUACGAGAAAAGCUUUGAGAAUCUAAAGGAGAAUAACAAAGAACUCGAACAGGUCCUGGAGACUCUGAAGCGUUGUAAUGUUCAGGAAAUAGACUUUAAUACAACUGUUGAGAUGCUCCUGAAGGGAUUGGAUGCAUUAGGCCGUGUGAAGGAACAAUGGGGGAAGAUGGUGCUCUUCUUCACCAUGAUGUCAAACCUGAUCGAAAGCUCACUAAACCCAUCACUUCUCAAAUUCACGGAGUACAGUGAAAAGUUUUCUGGCUAUUCACCGAACCAGCUGACACAGGAUCUACUGUACACACAGAUCUCUCAUGCCACCAACAUUGCGAGCCUUGUCCACAUGAUUGCUGAAACCUACGUACAGGUCUCCACCCACCACCUGAUGGACCGAGUCAACAGCCUGGGGAAAUUACUGGGACUCGACCCAAAUCGGAACAGACUUAAGUUUGAUCAGGAACAUGAGAAGUUUGGAUCGGACUGUGAUGAAGCAUCAAAAGCCAUAGAGGUUCUUGUUCAGAAGAACAAGGACCAGUAUAAAAAACGUGUGCAGGCGAGAAUAGAUAGGCUGAAUAACAGUGUGCAGGCCUUGCUAUCUCCAGCCACUCCAGGAGAAAUUAAAGAAAUUCAAGAUGCCGUGCAAGGAGGCAUCCAAGAGGGACUUGUGGAAAUAGCAGAGGAAGUUAUUAAUGAUUUUUACUAAUCAUCUGCUACCACACAGAUCUCACUUAUUAUUCCAUUUCCCAAAGAUCGAUGCUGUUUAUCAAUUCUAUCUUCAUUAUAUUUUAAUAAAGAGGGUGUUGCUCUUUUUUAUGAUGGUGGCAGCAGGUUACAUGAAUAAAAGCAUCUUCCAAUAUAUUGAAAGCACAUAGUCAUUUUCCAAGGGCAGGGCUGUCAAGAACGAGAGUAUGUAUAUAACCAUAUAACCAUAUAACAAUUGCAGCACGGAAACAGGCCAUCUCGGCCCUACAAGUCCAUGCCGAACAAAUUUUUUUCCCCUUAGUCCCACCUGCCUGCACUCGUACCAUAACCCUCCAUUCCCUUCCCAUCCAUAUGCCUAUCCAAUUUAUUUUUAAAUGAUACCAAUCAACCUGCCUCCACCACUUCCACUGGGAGCUCAUUCCACACCGCCACCACUCUCUGCGUAAGAAGUUCCCCCUCAUAUUACCCCUAAACUUCUGUCCCUUAAUUCUGAAGUCAUGUCCUCUUGUUUGAAUCUUCCCUAUUCUCAAAGGGAAAAGCUUGUCCACAUCAACUCUGUCUAUCCCUCUCAUCAUUUUAAAGACCUCUAUCAGGUCCCCCCUUAACCUUCUGCGCUCCAGAGAAUAAAGACCUAACUUAUUCAACCUUUCUCUGUAACUUAAUUGUUGAAACCCAGGCAACAUUCUAGUAAAUCUCCUCUGUACUCUCUCUAUUUUGUUGACAUCCUUCCUAUAAUUUGGCGACCAAAAUUGUACACCAUACUCCAGAUUUGGUCUCACCAAUGCCUUGUACAAUUUUAACAUUACAUCCCAGCUUCUAUACUCAAUGCUCUGAUUUAUAAAAGCGAGCAUACCAAAAGCUUUCUUUACCACCCUAUCUAUAUGAGAUUCCACCUUCAAGGAACUAUGCACGGUUAUACCCAGAUCCCUCUGUUCAACUGUAUUCUUCAAUUCCCUACCAUUUACCAUGUACGUCCUAUUUUGAUUUGUCCUGCCAAGGUGUAGCACCUCACAUUUAUCAGCAUUAAACUCCAUCUGCCAUCUUUCAGCCCAUUUUUCCAAAUGGCCUAAAUCACUCUGUAGACUUUGGAAAUCCUCUUCAUUAUCCACAACACCCCCUAUCUUAGUAUCAUCUGCAUACUUACUAAUCCAAUUUACCACACCUUCAUCCAGAUCAUUGAUGUACAUGACAAACAACAAAGGACCCAACACAGAUCCCUGAGGCACCCUACUAGUCACCUGCCUCCAACCCGAUAAACAGCCAUCCACCUCUGGCUUCUCCCAUUUAGCCACUGUUGAAUCCAUCUUGCUAUUCCUGCAUUUAUACCCAACAGUUGAACCUUCUUAACCAACCUUCCAUGAGGAACCUUGUCAAAGGCCUUACUAAAGUCCAUAUAGACAACAUCCACUGCUUUACCCUCGUCAAUUUCCCUAGUAACCUCUUCAAAAAAUUCAAGAAGAUUAGUCAAACAUGACCUUCCAGGCACAAAUCCAUGUUGACUGUUCCUAAUCAGACCCUGUUUAUCUAGAUGCUUAUAUAUAUAUAUAUAUAUAUUGUCUCUAAGUAUCUUUUCCAUUAAUUUGCCCACCAGUGAAGUCAAACUAACAGGUCUAUAAUUGCUAGGUUUACUCUUAGAACCCUUUUUAAACAAUGGAACAACAUGCGCAGUACGCCAAUCCUCGGGGACUAUUCCCGUUUCUAAUGACAUUUGAAAUAUUUCUGUCAUAGCCCCGGCUAUUUCUACACUAACUUCCCUCAAUGUCCUAGGGAAUAUCCUGUCAGGACCUGGAGACUUAUCCACUUUUAUAUUUUUCAAAAGUGUCAGUACUUCUUUUACUUUGAAACUCAUAGUAUCCAUAGCUACUCUACUAGUUUCCCUUACCUCACAUAAUUCAAUAUCCUUCUCCUUGGUGAAUACCGAAGAAAAAAAAUUGUUCAAUAUCUCCCCCAUCUCUUUUGGCUCUGCAGAUAGCUGUCCACUCUGUCUCUCCAAUGGACCAAUUUUAUCCCUCCUUAUCCUUUUGCUAUUAAUAUAGCUGUAGAAACCCUUUGGAUUGACUUUCACCUUACUUGCCAAAGCAACCUCAUAUCUUCUUUUAGCUUUUCUAAUUUCUUUCUUAAGAUUCUUUUUACAUUCCUUAUACUCCUCAAGCACCUCAUUUACUUCAUGCUGCCUAUAAUUAUUGUAGAUCUCCCUCUUUUUCCAAACAAGAUGUCCAAUUUCCCUUGAAAACCAGGGCUCUUUCCAAUUUUUACUGUUUCCUUUCAACCGAACAGGAACAGGAACAGGACAUGUUGAAGGGGAGAAGGGAAAGAUUUGAUUGGAACCCGAGGGGCAAUUUUUUACACGGAGGCUUGUUGGUAUAUGGAAUGUGCUGUCAGAGGAUGUCAUAGAGGCAGGCAUAGUAACAAUUAUAAAAUAUUUCUACAGGUACAUGGAUAGAAAAGCUUUAGACAGAUAUGGACCAAACAUGGCCAAAUGGAACUAGCUCAGAUGGGCAACUUGGUUAACAUGGAUGAAUUUGUCCGAUGGGCUUGUUUCCAUGCUGUUUGACAUGUUGACUCUAAAAAUCAAAACAUUUUCACGUAAAUUUAUUAAAGUGGCAGAACGUAGUGAGCAAAAUGGGGUCUGAAGCCACGGAAACAGAGGCACUGUGUCCAAAAGAUGAGGUGACACUGAACAUUUCUAAGGUUGGGUCACAACUGAAAUAUUCACCUGUGUUGUUGUGAAGGAUUUGAAGAUUCUGGAGAGAGUUAAGGAACGAUCAUGGCAGGAUUAAUUAAAUAGAAUGAACCUGUUCUCAUUAGCAGCUCCAGUCGACACUAAUUUUAAAUGAUGGGCAAAUGACAAGUGAUGUGUGACUAAAUGAAUUUUGUCCAGUAAAUGGUUAUAAUCCGGUACUUGCAGGUUCUAAAGAUGAUGGAAAUAUAAUUGAUUGUAGCAUUCCAAGGAGAUUUGGGAAGGCAUGUAAGCUAAAUAAAUUGAGGCUCCACGUAAAUAAAUUAUAGGGCUCUUUGUAAACUGGAAGGAUGAGUUUGAAUAGAUUUCUUGACAGACACAUAACAUUAACUCAAUCACCCAGUUGGCCUCCUCCUUUGCUUCUACCUAUUCUGUAAAUCAGUAAAAUAUCUUACACUUCUGAUUUAUUAUUUGAUUAUUAGAAUAUAAUUGUUUUUAAUUGCUUUAAGUGAGACACAUGCCCAGGAUCACAUUUGCCUGAGAUUAAGCUGUGUUGUAAUUUGCUAAAGAUAUCCAAGAAUAUGUUCAAUAUUUAGCAUUAACUUUUCAAUAAACUUGAUAAGAUGCAUGACCAAA